AUCUUUUCUUUGAGUAGACCAUGAGCUCCAAUCAUAGAGAUCACGUCGCGGCUGCUAUCUUUACAGCCAUUUAUAAAGACAUCGUUAGUAUCCUCUCUUACUACUUCUUCGACCAUGCAGUUAUUACUCUCCACUAUUAUCUUUCUUUGGAUGGCAACCGCGGGCGCCCAAGAGAAUGCUACCUCGGGCCAAAAAGUCUGCCAGAGUACGAGUGACUGUUCCGGAGGUGAAUACUGCGCAUCUGGGCUUUGCGCAUUGAUCAAUUGCGCCAAUUGGGCCGUCUCCACUCCGGCAGGAGAAAUGUCCUUUAGUGAAGAACCUUGUAUUGCCGAAGGAGCAGAAGAAGGAGAAGCGUUUUGUGGUACCGAUGGAAGUUGUUACGAGUAUACCUGCGAAAAUUGGUAUCAGUUUGGACCUGCGGCAUUCACGGGUUACGAUACUGCCACUGUGGUCGAGUUGCAGUGUGACGACUAUGCCGAUGGAGCCGCUGAAAACCAGAAUUCCGUCGUCUUUGGAUGUCGUCCUUACCAACCUGGAAGCAAGGCUCCCGAAGCCAAGACGUGGACGCAUUUCUUUAACCAAAAAUGUUCCGCCAAGACGCCCUCCGGAUCGGACUUUUCCUGUUAUCAAAACAAACCCAACACGGAUUAUCGAGAUUUUCAGGGGGAACUCGCGCGGUUGAAUUUGAAUAGCUGUGACCGAGAUCUAUUUGAUAACGAGCAACCGCUCUAUUGGUAUAUUGUGCAAAUGCAACACACGGUCAACAAAGUCACGACCAAAUUCGGUCAAGGACGAGACAAUACGGCCAGUGGAAGUGCCUUUGAUGCCAGUGCGGCGGACAAAACCAUGUUUGCGCAUUUGAAUGACGGGACAUUUGUGGCGGGCGAAGAAACCGACAGUGGUUCCUCCUCGUCGUCGUCAGCCUCGAGACGUUGGAGCAGAAAUAAUCUUGGGUGGGGCAUCAUUAUGGUAGCGGGUGCGGCACUCUUUCUUAGUUAGCUCAGUGGGGUGCCUGCAUGUAUAAAUGUGGAUCUUUACGAUUUGGUAAGGUACGUUUUCAUCUCCGUCUUGGGUGCUUCGAUCCUGCACGCUUGGAACCCAAAGGCGCUACCGUAGUCUCGAACCCGCACAACCGAGCAAUGGAUAUACUUUGCAUAGUUUGAUGGCUUGCUAGCUGCCUGUAUCGAAGUCCAAAUACGUUUGCCCUGGAUGCGAGUGCUGAAGUAAUGCGAUUACUUAUAAUCGUAGGCAACAGCUUCAAUUCAAUCAAUCAAUCAUUUCAACCACACAGACAUUAUCUCUAGGGCGGCACGUCCCAGCGCGAUAGAAGGAUCCAACGCUUUGCUCUGGCAACCCUGUUCUAUUCAUUUCCCAAAAGGAGACCAAUGGUGCUGCAAAUUGGUUGAACUACUAGUAUGAUAAAGAUUGCCUCCAAUGCCCGAUCAUUCGGCUCGACUCAUUCGAUUGAAGAUUCGAAUCUAGAUUGAAUCGAGUCCUCAGUCGAGUCGAAUUGAAUUGAAUCGAAUGAUUCAAUCAUUCGAUUGAAUGACAUUCAAUCAUCCGCUUCCCAGCAGCAGCGUUCGCUUUUUCUGGAAAGGUAGAUGCGGUAUUAAAAACUAAAUUGUAUAAUAUUUUCAAUCCAAUA